AUGUACAAGCUUGCACACAUCCUUUUCCUCGCCCCCGCCGCUCUCGCCGGCCUGGUCACUCCUCUCCAGGAGCGCGAAACCGCCUGCGAGGCCCCUCUGACCCUCUGCGGCUCUACCUGCAUCGGUCCCCUCGAUGUCUGCUGCCCUGCUGCUCCAAACGGCGAAAUCAUCGGCUGCAGUGGUACUGAUAACUGCUGGGUCAACCCGGACAACUCUCCCGGCUGCUGCCCUCUCUUCCACACCUGCGCUGGCCAGAAGGCUGGCAGCGGCGUCUUCCCAACUCUUCCCAGUCCCGCCUCCCACUAUCAGCAGCGAGCCUACUCAGCAGACUACCACUGCUAG